ACACACGCCUGAUAUAGAGCAAAAGCCAUUAUACUUCAGAAAUCCUGUGUGUUUGCCUUUCUUCAGCGAAGCCUCCUGGUAAAUUAUUCAGACGACACAUCGGUACGGUUUGUGGAAACACUUUGCCAGCUGUGAUUUGUACCGGUGGCAAAGUGUUUCUUGUUGUUUGAAGAGAAGCCGAAGACACUAAGUUUACUCUGUAAAGAGGAAGAAGAAUCAACCAUGAGCUACCCUUGGUUUUUUUCAGCUGAGACGUGGACCCUGCUUUUGCUGUUCUUAACACUGAUUAUUCUAUAUGGCUAUUGGCCUUAUGGAUUUUUUAAAAAGCUGGGAAUUCCAGGGCCAAAACCAGUCCCAUAUUUUGGAACACUUCUGGAAUAUCGCAAGGGUUUCUACAAUUUUGAUUACAAGUGUUUCAAAAAAUAUGGAAAAAUAUGGGGAUUUUAUGAUGCCAGACAACCUAUGUUGGCUAUUAUGGACCUAGGAAUGAUCAAAACUAUACUGAUCAAAGAGUUCUACUCUCUCUUCACCAACAGAAGAAACUUUGUUCUGAAUGGUCCCCUGUAUGAUGCUGUCAAUGUCGCCGAGGAUGAGGAAUGGAGAAGAAUUCGCACUGCUCUUUCACCAUCAUUCACCAGUGGUCGACUGAAGGAAAUGUUUCCACUCAUGAAAAAACAUUGUAACACCCUAGUGAAGAGUCUGCAGAGGAAGGCUGAGAGGGACGAAGCAGUGGAAAUGAAGGAGUCUUUCGGGGCCUACAGUAUGGAUGUUGUCACCAGCACAGCUUUCAGUGUCGACAUUGACUCUCUCAAUAACCCCAAAGAGCCCUUUGUGACCAACAUUAAAAAGAUGCUCAAAUUGACCUUCUUCAGUCCUUUGAUUCUCUUUGUAGCAUUUUUCCCUUUCAUGACUCCACUCCUACAUAAACUAGACUUUGCCUUCUUCCCAUCUUCUGUGACUGAUUUCUUUUAUGCUUCUCUUCGGAAAAUAAAAGCAGAACGUAAAGCUAAAGUUCAUGAGAAUCGCGUGGAUUUCCUUCAGCUGAUGGUAGACUCUCAAAUACCAGAAAAUGGAAGUGCCAAAAAUGAUAAUGAGUCACUGAAAGGGCUGACAGACCAUGAGAUUCUGUCCCAGUCCAUGAUCUUCAUCUUUGCUGGCUAUGAAACAAGUAGCAGCUCUCUUACUUUCCUUGCAUACAACCUGGCCACCAACCCAGACGUCAUGAAAAAGCUCCAAAAUGAGAUUGACAAAGUCUUUCCAAAUAAGGCCCCGGUGACAUAUGAUGAGAUGAUGCAAAUGGAGUACCUGGACAUGGUCUUUAAUGAGACAAUGAGGAUUUUCCCUGUUGCCGCACGUCUUGAGAGGGUUUGCAAGAAGACUGUAGAGAUCAAUGGUAUCACUAUUCCCAAAGGUACUGCGGUUGUGAUUCCAACAUACUGCCUACACCGUGAUCCUGAUCUCUGGACAGAUCCUGAAGUCUUCAAGCCUGAGAGGUUUAGCAAAGAAAACAAGGAGAGCAUAGACCCAUAUGCAUAUAUGCCAUUUGGAGUUGGUCCACGAAAUUGCAUUGGGAUGAGGUUUGCCAUUGUCCUAAUAAAACUGGCUAUUGUGGAGAUACUUCAGAACUUCAACAUUGUGACCUGCAAAGAGACUGUGAUACCACUCGAGCUGGAUAUUCAAGGACUUCUUACACCUAAAGAUGCAGUAAAGCUGAAACUCGUCCCACGCUGAUACAGCUAUUAAAGAAAAAGUUAUGACUAUAUAUCCAUGGAUAUGCUGAAAGACUUUUUGUCUUCAGAUUUUGCUUAAUGUACCUAUACACUAUACUGACAAUAUGUGUAUUUCAGUGUAUAAAUCUGAAAUUAUUAUCCAUUCUGAUGGCCUUCUGAAAAUCAGUUUCUUUCUUCUGUUUUGGACAAAAAUAAUUGUAAGAUUUUUCUUUAUCAGAUCUUAUUCAUUUCAGAGAGACUUUUUCAUGAGUUGGAAUAAUGAGUUUACUUUUCUAUGAAAUGGACACUAUUACUUCAUUUCAGUUCUGCUUUGAUUCAGUUACUGUCAUAGCUGCGGUAAUGUACUUCUGGUUCUGUGCUUUUAAAUUUUACAUUGGAGAAAAGGAAUCUGAAAAGGGUACUAUAGUAACAAGGGGUUCUGCUUCAUACUGUGCAGAAGCAAUAAAAGCUAAAUAAUCAACA